ACAAAUACCGGUGAUUCCAUUGCAAGAGUGGCCCUAGUCGAUGAGUAUUACAACGUUAUCGUAGAUACAUAUGUGCUACCGGAUGAUCCGAUCAUUGAUUAUAGGACAAGGUACAGUGGCAUAACUUCAGACGACCUCAUUGGUGUUAAAAUUCGAUUAAACGACGUACAUGAACUAUUAAAAGCUGCACUUCCUAAAGACGCUAUUUUGGUUGGCCACUCUUUAGAAAACGAUUUGCGUGCAAUGCGGAUGAUCUGGAAUAACAUAAUCGACACAUCGGUACAAUUUUCUAAUCCUAAGAGCCCAACAAGCAAGCCAAGUUUAAAAUUUCUUGCUUCAGAGUACCUUCAAUGCCAAAUUCAGGAAAACGAGAAUGGCCAUUCUCCGGUAGAAGAUGCUAUUACCUGUAUGAAGUUGAUUCAUUUACGAAUUGCUAAAGGCAUGUUAUAA